AUGGAGUGCAACAGAAUUAAAAAGCUGUUGGCCUCCGAAUAUUCUGACUUCUCUGAUACCAUCCUCGUGGAAUCCCCAUUCGCUGAGACCACCAGAAACGGACGAGGGAUCCGUCAGGUUUCCCUUGGUCUCACGCCCUCCAAAUUAAUCAUAGCCGCGGACGUCUUCAAGAACAACUGCGAGUACUUCUGUCCGCGUGGCCUCGACCCAACCAUCGAGACCUUCGAGCUGAUCUCGGUGUAUCCUUUGCAGUACGUUACCCUGAGCGUGUUCAACAGGAGACAUCGCAAAACAUUAAAGGCAAGAUUCGUGGACGGAAGGGCGAACUACUACGAGCUUGGCGGUAUGCAAAGGAGGAAAAUUUGUUGGAAGAAAUGGUGCGAGGAAGUGGACAGCCUGCUCGCAAGGAGGAUGGACAGGAGCUCGUUAUCGGAGACCACAGCUGCGAGUUCUUCGAGCUCCACGACGUUGUAUAUUCUUUCGUCGGAGAUCGAGAUCCAGGAAGAGGCUAAAACUGAAGGAAAGGAGGCAGUGUGCAGUAACAAGUGCAGAGUAUGGGCGCACUACGGCGGUGCUGGGGACCACGCGGCCCCAACGUGGACUCAAAAAGACCUCUAUCUCGGACCUUCUUAUGAUGAAUUAUCUAGUGGCAAGUACGCUCCAGUUCCUGUAAGAUUCGCUGGCGCCAGCUUGAAGGAUGUAAAGAGUGCCCUAAAAGACCUCUCUCCCUGUAGAGUCGAGAAAGCUAGUCGCAGCUGGCCAACCUGCUACUGUUUAGAUCAGAAUAUUCAAAACGGUGGCCUGUGCGAUGUCUUAUUUAUCAGAGACCACAAUCGUAAAUACUAUAACACGAGCAAGUUCUUCACGACCCGUCAGAGUUGUCCCUGCGGUCGUUUGCAAGACAAAAUCAUCAACGACCACAAAGUUAGCGAGAAACGCAACGUGUGGUACAAAGACGAGGCCCUGGAAGAGACCUCACGGAAGAAGGACAGUGACGAUCGUCGCGUAGAUUCGAAAAAUCCGAAGAAACAGUUGACGGGAAGGAUUUCGCGUUUCGGAUUCGGAGUACCAGAAAAAUGUCAUUCGGGGCUGGUGCUCAGGGAUUCCAAACGUGCGAGAUCGGAAGCAAAGCGCGUGCAGAACUUUUACGCUCUCGUGGAGGACGGUGUGAAGGUCUGGGAAGGCGAUGAGAAAGGUCGUUGCAGGUCCUCGAAGCGUCUCAGACAUUUCAGAAGAUAUGGCCUUUGCACAGCAGCGCAUUUUCUUCGUGGAUUGGGACCCUGGAGUGUUCAACCUGGCGAACGAAGCUCUCUACAAGGACGCAGAUCGUUCAGCCUGGUCGCUAUUCGUCGUCAGCCAAUUGACAACGAGCUGAGACUCCCUGUAUCGCGGCGUCAGCUGGCAGCUAGUAUUUCCUUCACGGCUCUGCAAUCGGGGAGGUUUGGGUCCGUUGGAACCACUGCUAGAGGACGCGUGAUAUUAUUCUGGACCCCUGAAUACUGGUACAGGCCCAGACCUGCCUCUGCUGCCUACAGGGAGCUGAGACAGCACUUGAGCCACCUACAGACUUAUCGUCAGGAGAAGGAACGUCCAAUGAAACGAAAAUUGUUCUCAAAGAGAAGAAAAUGCCAGUGCGAGGAGGACUCCAUCAUCGCCGCCGAGGAGAAGCCUAGCUUCUUCGAACGAAUCUUCUCAGGGAAUGGGUCUGGCAAGAGGAAGAGGAAAUGCGAGGAUCAGGAGAAUAAUAGCACGGUUCAGCUGAGGAAAUUGCUGAGAAUGGAUUUCAGGAUCACCAUCUGGGACAUAGACAGCACCACUCUGGCCACGCAGUUGACCAUGAUCGAUCGCGAUCUCUUCGUCAGGAUCCCCGCUGAAGAGAUCGAGAUUUUGGUUUUCCAAAGGAGCUCCAGAAAUACUCCUAAUUUGGCAGCGUGGAUAGCGUUCAGCCACAGGAUUUCUUGUCUCGUUGUCAGCGAGAUUCUCACGAUCAAAAGGUUACGCGUCAGAGCUAGAAUCAUCGCGAGGCUCGUGAACGCGGCUGGCAAGUGUUUCGCUAUGGGAAACUUUCAUUCGUGUAGGUCCAUUUUGGCAGGGCUGCAAGCGCCUCCGAUUUACAGGUUGCGAAGCAGCUGGUCUUAUUUACGUGUCCACCAUGCCACCAGGUACGAGACCAUGGAGAGGCUCUGCAAGAUUUACAAAAGUCCAUGGAGUUUGGCGUAUCGACGAGCCUGGUCUAAGGCGGAAAGGGAACCACCUUGUAUGCCGUACGUUGGUAGUCUUUUAGAUAGAAUUCUCGGCAUGAGUAGCAUGGAAAGACAUCGAAAGUGCAAUAACUUCUGCGUCGUACAAGAAAAAACGGUUCAAUGCUCGAAGGACACAGGGUCUGCUAACGUAAAUAAGGAUGCUUCGAAUCUGAAACGUAACCAGGAUUUAGAACAGAGACAUGGUUUAAGUAAACGUAUCCUCGUGUCGGUUUUCACCAAAAUGAAGUAUAAAAAAAGUCAGAAAACCAUCUACGAGGAGGGAGAGGAUUUGUUGUGGACGUCGAGAGAUCAGGACUUAGCGUGGAAAUAUUUUUACCGGUGGUAUAACGUUGUCCUGAAACGUAGAGCCCUCGCUAAAGAAGAGGAGAGAUUGAGGGACAUGGAGCCAAGGAUGAGACGGGUCCUCGACGUCGUGUCCUGGCUGACGGAUUGUCAGAGAUGUUCUCGUGGUUACGAUUUCCCAGGACACUCGUUCACGCAUGAAUUUCUGUUGAAAACUCGAUACAGAGAGGAUCGAGAGAACUUUUUCAUUAGCCUCAAACUGGAACCAUCGAAGAUAACUUGAACGAGAACAUUUGAAAUAGUUGGCAUUGCAUUAUCAUCGACGGAUAGGAAGAGGAAGAUAACGAAGUGGAUUCUUACGUUUCGCAAUGGAAUCCUAUGCACUCUUCGGGCAAUCCAUCGAUAUCGAUCUCGUCAUUCAAGAUGAGAGGCACGCUGUAUUCUACAAUAACAAUACGAAUUAAGUGAAACUCAAGAACGACAAACAAAUAAAAAAGACGUAAAAGAAUUGUAGAAAUUAAGUAAAUUUAUAUAUAUACAUUUUAUAUACAUCAAUCGCUUGCUGGAACAGUGUAUCUACAUGUGCUUUGUACUGGCAUACUUAUUAUCGUUUCAAUAAAAAUUUCUGAUCCACUUGUACAAGAUUUUCUCGAAAGCAUACCCGAACGGGCCUAACCAUAUAUCGAACAGUUUGCGAAAAGAUAACCAAGUUUCUUCCAUCAUCAUUUUAUUCCGAACAGAAUAUAGAUAUAUUUAUAUAAUUGUUGCUAUACAUAUGCACGUAUCAUUUCUCUAUUAAAAUUCGAUCAGUCGUAAACUUAAAAAAAUGAGUAUUCGCGAUGGGCGGAAGAGUGAUCCACGUACGGAAAUGUCCACAUUAAAUUCUUUGACUAGAUAACAACGCAAUCAUCGUAUGUACAAUAAUAAAAUAUACAUAGUCGACGGUAAAAAGUAAAACAACUAAUGAAAUCCAUCGAACGACGUAGGACAAGUGGGAACAGUCUUUUUCUGGCACGAUCUUGAACGUGGUCCUCCUACGACCGCGAUCGACAGGAGCUGCGAUAUAUACUUUGCUUCGUUUGAAAAAUAUAAUUUAUUACUUUCCAUGGAUAGCCUGUACUCGAAAGUGUGCUCGACGACAGAUUUUUGUACGACUGUUCAUACACCGUCUCUUUCUAUUUUUUUUCUUUCUAAUUUAUGUAGUACACGUUUAAAAGAAACGUUCACGAUUGAAUACUGAACUCGCCUUACGUAUCGCCAG